AUGAAGGGCUCCCACUUACUCCUCUGCCUCUGCUCCGUGACUUGCUGGUUGAGUCUGAUGCCGGCAGCUGAGAACAAAAUCUUCCACUUCGGACCCUGCAGGAUUUCAAUGAGUGUCACCGAGAUCAGGUCUGGCUUCACUGCAAUUAAAGCAAACAUCCAAGCCCGAGACCCCAUCAGGACCCUGAGCAUCCUGUCGCACCCGCAGUCCCUGCACAAGGUCAAGUCUUCAGAUCGAUGCUGCGUCAUCCAUAACCUCUUCAACUUCUACAUGGACAAAGUCUUCAAGCACUGCCAGACUGAGGACUCAUACGUCAACCGGAAAAUCAGCAGCAUAGCCAACUCCUUCCUCAGCAUCAAGAAGAAACUCGAGCAGUGUCAUAAUCAGAAUAAGUGCUUGUGUGGGCAGGAAUCCACUGAGAAAUUUAAGCAAAUACUCGCGAACUACGAAGGGAUGAAUAUCACAUCUGCAGCAAUUAAAUCCCUGGGCGAGCUGGACAUCCUUCUGGACUGGAUGGAGAAAUCUCGUUAG